AUGGCGAAAGAGAACACUGGUCAUCACGCAGCAGAAGCAAAGAGAAAGAGACUCACUUGGAUUCUAUGUGUAAGUGGACUCUGUAUAUUGUCUUACGUUCUUGGAGCAUGGCAAAACAACACUGUCCCAACUUCUUCCUCUGAAGUAUUCUCAAGAAUGGGAUGUGACGAUUCAAAGACUCAAACAAAUCCUUCUUCUUCCAAUUCUUAUGAUGAUGAUAAUCCAUCUUCGUCUUCUUUCUCUUCCUCGGAGCCAGCUGAGUUAGACUUCGAAAGCCAUCAUAAACUCGAGCUCAAGAUAACGAAUCAAACCGUAAAGUAUUUCGAACCAUGUGACAUGUCUCUGAGUGAGUACACUCCAUGUGAAGAUCGAGAAAGAGGGAGAAGAUUUGAUAGGAACAUGAUGAAAUACAGAGAAAGACAUUGUCCUUCAAAAGAUGAGCUUCUCUAUUGUCUAAUUCCACCUCCACCAAACUACAAGAUUCCAUUCAAGUGGCCUCAAAGCAGAGACUAUGCUUGGUAUGACAACAUCCCACACAAAGAGCUAAGUAUUGAGAAAGCAAUCCAGAAUUGGAUUCAAGUGGAAGGCGAAAAAUUCAGAUUCCCUGGUGGUGGCACCAUGUUUCCACGUGGAGCUGAUGCUUACAUUGAUGACAUUGCUAGGCUCAUUCCUCUUACUGAUGGAGCCAUAAGAACCGCUAUUGAUACAGGAUGUGGUGUUGCGAGUUUUGGUGCUUACUUAUUGAAGAGGGAUAUUGUGGCUAUGUCCUUUGCUCCAAGAGACACUCAUGAAGCUCAAGUUCAAUUCGCGUUGGAACGUGGAGUUCCUGCGAUAAUCGGGAUAAUGGGAUCAAGAAGGCUUCCUUAUCCAGCUAGAGCAUUUGAUCUUGCUCAUUGUUCUCGUUGUUUGAUUCCUUGGUUUGAAAACGAUGGUUUAUACUUGACCGAAGUGGACCGGGUAUUAAGACCGGGCGGUUAUUGGAUCUUAUCGGGCCCACCAAUCAACUGGAAGAAAUACUGGAAAGGAUGGGAAAGAACACAAGAGGAUUUGAAGCAAGAGCAAGAUUCAAUAGAAAACGCAGCAAGAAGUCUUUGUUGGAAGAAAGUUACAGAGAAAGGUGAUUUAUCAAUCUGGCAAAAGCCUAUUAAUCAUGUUGAGUGUAAAAAACUCAAAAGAGUUCACAAAUCUCCUCCUCUAUGCAGCAAAUCUGAACCCGAUUUCGCUUGGUACAAAGACUUGGAAUCUUGUGUAACGCCAUUGCCAGAAGCAAACGGUCCAGAGGAAUUUGCAGGAGGUGCAUUGGAGGAUUGGCCGGACCGAGCUUUUGCGGUACCACCUAGGAUUAUCCGGGGAACUAUACCGGAAAUCAAUGCAGAGAAAUUCAGAGAAGACAAUGAGGUGUGGAAGGAAAGAAUAGCAUAUUACAAACAGAUAAUACCUGAGAUUUCAAAGGGAAGAUUCAGGAACAUAAUGGACAUGAAUGCAUACCUUGGAGGAUUUGCAGCAGCAAUGGUGAAAUAUCCAUCUUGGGUUAUGAAUGUGGUUCCUGUGGAUGCAGAGAAGCAGACGUUAGGGGCGAUAUAUGAACGGGGAUUUAUAGGAACGUAUCAAGAUUGGUGUGAAGGUUUCUCUACGUAUCCAAGAACUUAUGAUCUUAUUCAUGCGGGUGGAUUGUUCAGCAUCUACGAGAGCAGGUGUGAUAUAACAUUGAUACUUCUCGAGAUGGAUAGAAUACUGAGACCAGAGGGAACAGUGGUGUUUAGGGACAAUGUGGAAACGUUGACGAAGAUUCAGAGCUUAACCAAUGGAAUGAAGUGGAAGAGUCGGAUUUUGGAUCACGAGAAAGGUCCCUUUAACCCUGAAAAGAUUCUUCUCGCUGUUAAAUCCUAUUGGACUGGUCCUUCCUCUUAG